AUGCCAACAAAUUUCAGAAAUGAGGAGAAACGAGAGUGGACGAAACAGGACACAGAAAAUUUUAUUGAAGCUGUGGAGAGCUACCCCGAAAUUUGGGACGUACACAACCGGGACUUUAAGGAUCGAAUGAAGAAGAUGUGUGCAUUGAACGAAAUCUCGUCAAUAUUCGACACGUCAGUGAAAGGGGUACAAAGAAAGUGGCACAAUUUAAAGACCCAAUUUUCUCAAGAAGUUAGGAAACUGCAGAAAAUUAAAAGCGGCUCUCCUGGCAUAGUUUCGGAUUCUCGGUGGCCGUAUUUUUCAGCAAUGAAAUUUCUAGAGAGUAGAGUUGCCAAAACCUCUAACAGAAUAUCUUCGCUAUCAACAAAGGAAGAAGAAAUAGUUACAGGAGAUGAUGUGCCUGUUGCUAAUGAGGGGAAGAAACGAAAAAGAAAGGAGACUAAAGGAAGUGGUAAUGGGCUCAUUGAAAAGGCAGAAAAAAUUCUGGGCCAGGAAAUUGAUGCUUUCCAAACCUUUGGAGAUUAUGUGGCUAGUGAGCUGCGGUCACUAAAGAAUGAAAAAAUGUAAACAAACUGAAAAUAAUGAUUCUGAAAAACAUCAUUGAAAUAAGCGAGAUUGACAGUGCAGAAAUACCAUCCACUCCAGUUUCGCCAGUGAGAGAUGCAAGUGCUGCCAGUCAAUGCAUACUUAAUGUUAC